AUGGAAUUAGAUACCAUUGCGACUAUUUCAGAUCCACAAAAUUUUAGUGUUGUCGGAGAUUGCAAAGUUAGUGAAUUAUAUUUAAAGUUCAGUUAUAUACAACGAUUUAGUGUUUUUCUUGAACGUUAUAAUCCUCAAUUACAAUUUUAUUUAACGCCAAAUAUUAGUAAACUUUCUGUUGAUAUAUUCAAUGAGAACGAUAAUACACAAGGAAAUUAUUUUUCCUUAAAUUCACAAUUUAUUGAUAAAUUAAGUCCAAAUAUAGAUGUUUUUAACUUAUCAUUGAUUACACAGUUUUGGACUGACAUUGUUGAUAUAGAUGAUGUUUAUCUGAACGCAGUUAGGACACCAUCACAAGUAUUAUUACAGUAUACUUGUAUAAAUCUGGUCCCAGAAAGCAAAUACUUGAGAAGUGACCAUAGAGUCUGUGUUUAUCAAAAACCGAGUAGUUUUUAUCCAAAAUGCGAGAAUGUUUUCUUUCAAUCCAAAACAAAAUGUACAUUUAAAGUAAAAAAUGUUUCAUGCAUACUGGAAGGAAAUCAUGUGCCUUAUCGCUCGGUGGAUUGUACAGGUAUCAAAGAUCCCAUGGAUUUUAUUAGCGAACGACACUCAUUGAUAUAUAAAUUACCGACUAACAGAGAAUGUCAAGGAAAUACUAUUUUAUUAGCAUUUAAGACAACAACAAAAUUCAUGGCAUUCUUUGGACAAAGACUGUUGACAAAACAUUUUGAUGUUACACAUACUUAUACAAAUGGAUUAGCAAUUAUCAUUGAUGAACAAGACUGGAAUCUCGAUUUCAACGAUGACCAUUUUAAUAUUUUAACAGCUGAUGAUCUUCUGGAUUUGUAUUCAGUCAAAAUAAAUUCCAAAACACAACAAUCAUCUUUUAAAAUAAAAAUUGUUGAAAAUUAUUUAGAUAUUCGACAAGGUCGUCUCAAAGAAGUGAGCAUUAUUGGUCCAUGUACAAAUGUAGAGGGCGAAUCAAACAUAGAAAUUCUAUUUAGCAGACCGGUCGCUCGAGAAGAAAAAUGUCAAAAUGUUCAACUAGCAAAAACAACGUUAGAGAAAGUGGAAUUACUACCAACGCAAUAUCGUACACAAUCGGUGGAGCAGGAUGAUGUUCGACUACCACGAAAAGAAUUUCUGAGUGGAGGUGUUAAAUUUGGCAUUGCCGCUGCUGUUGUCUUACUUAUCGCGUUUGUGGCUGGUGGCGUUCUGGUUUAUUUGCUAAAGAAACGACGUCAAUAUCAACAACAAAUGGGAAAUUCUUAUGCUGCAUCGCUUUCGUCAAUAUUUGAAAGUGACUCACCAAGGAAAACGAUGUCAGAUAGCAUUUAA